AAAUAUGGCCAAAAGAAUUGCUGAGAAGGAAUUGACAGAUAGGAAUUGGGAUCAAGAAGACGAAGCAGAAGAGGUGGGAACAUUCUCAGUGGCCAGUGAGGAAGUCUUGAAGAAUAGAGCCAUAAAGAAAGCAAAGCGUAGAAAUGUUGGAUUUGAAUCGGAUAGUGGAGGGGCCUUUAAAGGUUUUAAAGGUUUGGUUGUACCUUCUGGAGGAGGAGGGUUUUCUGGAUUUGGUAAUGGUGCUGGAGGGAAGCCUUUGGAAGGACUGUCUAAUGGAAGUGGCGUAAGCAGCGCCCCUCCCUUCUCCAGCGCCAGGACAGCAGCAGAGAGCAAGGCAGCCUUUGGAUCUAUUGCUGCAAAUGGUCCUACCUCCUUGGUCGAUAAAAAGAUCUUAAUUCCCAAAACUAAUGGUGACAGUCAGCAGCCCUCCUCCUCCGGCCUUACCUCUAGUGCGGCCUGCCCCCGGGAUGCCUAUCACAAGCAGCUGGCUGCCUUAAACUGUUCGGUCCGGGAUUGGAUCGCGAAGCACGUGAACACGAACCCCCUGUGCGACCUGACGCCCAUCUUUAAGGACUACGAGAAAUACCUCACUGGUAUCGAACAGCAGCUCGGGGGCAGCGGCAGCAGACGCUCUGAAAGCGAAGCCAAGAAAAUGCCGCUUGCGACCCAGUCCCCUUCCCCGUUCGGGGCAGCAGAACUGCAGCGAGACUCGACGUUGGCGUUUGCGGGCACCAAGGUCGAGGACACCGCUGAGAAGCCGCCGGACCCGCCUGGAGGAGCCGCAGGGGCCUCGUUUAACUUCGGCAAGAAGAUCGACAGUUCUGUCUUGGGCUCUUUAAACUCCGGCCCCCUGACUGCAUUUUCAUUUUCUUCUGGAAACUCCAGUUUAUUUGGCAAAGAGCUUACCCAGAAUAAACCGGUGUCUUCACCAUUUUCCACGAAAAUGUUGGAGGUACAGGCUGAAGGCAGCAGUAGCGAAUACAAAGGCGGAGAUGAAGAAGAGAAUGACGAGCCGCCCAAAGUAGUAGUUACUGAAGUAAAAGAAGAAGAUGCUUUUUACUCCAAAAAGUGUAAACUGUUUUACAAGAAAGACAACGAAUUUAAAGAGAAAGGUGUGGGUACUUUGCAUUUAAAACCUACAGCCAAUCAGAAGACACAGCUGUUAGUGCGGGCAGACACCAAUUUAGGCAACAUACUGCUGAAUGUCCUGAUUCCGCCCAACAUGCCGUGUAGUCGAACGGGGAAGAACAACGUCCUGAUCGUAUGUGUUCCAAACCCACCCGUCGAUGAGAAGAAUGCUACCGUCCCAGUCACCAUGUUAAUCCGGGUAAAAACAGGCGAGGACGCAGAUGAGUUGCAUAGAAUUUUACUGGAGAAGAAGGACGCCUGAACACACGGGACCGAGGGGUUGCCGCCGAGUUGCUGCUCCCCCACAGCCCCUUAGACUUAGCUUUUCUUCUCUUACUUUGACAUUCUAAGAACUUAGAGAUAACUUAAAACUUUGUGAGGAAGAUUAAUAUGGCCAAUAAAACCUUUAAAUGUUAAGUGUC